AUGCUGGUGGUAAAUGAUGACGGGGCUAUUUUGCGGAAAAAAUUAAAGGAUUUUGCAAGAGAAUGGCCUGACUCGAAAAGGACGGAAUUGUAUGAUCUUUCUGAAUCCAACGAUGGAGAUCAAGAUGAUGUAAAUGACACAGGCUCGAAAGGCCAGUCAAAAGAAGCAAAGCCUUGUUCUGAUGAGUAUGUAGUGAUAGUGGCGGAAAGUCCCAGAGAUAGAAUGAAACCAACAAUUUUUGGAAGAGGUACUUUAUUUUCUGAGUUUUAUGGUACAGGAAUGGGUCCUAGGCUCAAGCUCAAGGAAUUAAUCGAUAAACUUAAUGAACACGUAGAGGAAUGUGUAGAAAACCCUUCAAUAAUUAUUGUGUAUCCCCAACAACCGGCUCCCGCACAACCGCCAUCAUCAUCAGUUAUCAAUCAAUAUCAUGUUUCCAUUAUUAAAGAAUCACAUGAUGUUGUUAGUGUUAAUGAACAUGUUGAGGAUACCAAUGUCUACAAUGACGUGAAAGACACCGUGGUGAAAGAUACCAAUUAUCAUGAUGAAAAACAUGAAAUAUUUUCACAAAAAAACAGACGAAGUAUCCGUAUUGCCGGUGUCGAGGAAGUAAUCAAUGGGAAAUUAUUAGCGAGAUCAAAAAACGGACCACCAAAUAAAGCCAAACUUGUAUUUGUGUUUAGGCUAGAAGAAAGCAUCUUUUCUGUAAUGCCAAACAUUAAAUUGGUGAAGCUGCCUGUGCCUAGACACCGAGCACGUGUCUCAUCAUGGCCAUCGGAUUGGCCUUGGUCACAGAACAAGCGAGGAAGAAAACCGCAUUGCAAAGGCUUCACUACUUUCGAUUUUGGGGCAGCAACUAACCAAACUGAUGUUAUUUUUACAGAUAGCAAAGGAACACCAUUGGAAUUGAAAUGUUUCGUCGAUCAGAAAGGAAAUGGAGGCGACUUUUCCAAUUGCGGUGCGCCAUGGGACGGGCCGAUCUUAUGCGGCGACCUUCAAGUGGGAAUCCUGACUGGCAAAAAUACUUGUCAGAAUAGGUCAAGGGCAAGCGGAAGUCAAAAAUCAGUUGAUUAUGUUCCAAUGGAAUCGAUGUUCGAUUUUGUCGUGGAUUUCAUGGAAAAUAAAAACGCAAUCACAUCAAAUACUGAACCUGCUACUGGAUUCGGAGUUAAAACCACUCCAGAAGUGGAAUCACUCCAUAAUGUGCCAGGAUUGCCAAGUAUGCCAACUCAAGAUCCUGCAAUCCCUGCAUUGCGCUUUGUUUUGCUCAAGGUUAUUCGAGAGAAGUUAGAGGGGCCCGGUAAAAUUUUUGAACACGGGCGGAGCAUCGUCACUACGCCACUGACCCCAACAUCUAUUGAAGAGCUCCGGAUUGGAAAGGUACAUGUAUCAGAUUUACAACAACCAAGCUGUCAACUGUCGAAUUUUCAAGAAAGUAACAUCGUUACUAUAUUGUAA